AUGAAGCGAAUCCUUCUCAUCGCAGCUGUGAUUCGUUUGUCUGUCACAACAUGCCAAGGUCCUGCUUGCGCAGAUGGCGGAUUUUUAUGGAAUGAAACUCGUCAAAUACUCACGCUGAUAAAUGACAAACGUUCGCAGCUAGCCAGAGGGAUGGUGCCCAGCGAAGUAGGGACUGGCCCACUCCUGCCCAAAGCCAAGGAUAUGUUCAGUCUGGGAUGGAAUUGCUCAUUAGAAAAACAAGCUGCAGAUGCUAUCACUUGGUGCCCAACCCUAUCACCUUCUGAUGGUCAAGGCUAUGCUUUCUUUCAGGACUAUUUUUACGACGAAACCUUUGACGUACCUUUGCGAGCUCUACUCAACUCACCUGAUAUUCCACUUUCUGAAGCCUCUGACGGUGCAAUCUUUUCGCCUCCACAUGAGUACCAAGAUAAUCGUUACAAGUCUUAUGCUAAUCUAAUGCGCUCGUCGGCUACACAAAUAGGUUGCGCGUGGGCACGAUGCGUAUACAUCGGUACCUACAUAUUGUACUGUAUAACCGAUGCACCCGAUGUAGAGAAAGGUCAAUUGGUGUACGAGAGAGGAAGUGGUAUCUGUGAUUGCUCUUACGGUUGUGAUCGCAAUUGGUGGGGUUUAUGCAAAACAUAUUCUCCAAAGACUACAACCACUACUACGACUGGAUCUACUACUCAAGAGGAUGAUGAAGUUACUGAAACUGAAACUAUUACUGAAUUUGAAGAUAUAGAUACUUCCACUACUGCAUUUGAUAACGAAGAAGAAUCUACUACAACUGAAGAAGAGGAGGAUACUGAAGCUGCUACUACUGAAGUUGAUACAACUAUUGCUGUUCCUACAACUGCUCUCACUGAAGUUCCAGAUAUCCCGUACUGUAGCGGUGGCAGCUUUACGGAAAGUCAAAUUACAUGCAAAAUUCUCUCCUUCAUUAACCAUUAUCGUUUCGCACUCGCUAAUGGGAUGCAACAGAAUGGACGAUGCAGCAGUGACAGAAGGACGGUUUGUAGAAGCCUACCCGAGGCUAGAGAUAUGAAUAAGUUGAGAUGGAGUUGCGACCUGGAAAGAAUAGCAAGGGCUGCUAUCACAAACUGUUCCUCGGAUGCACCGAACACUGGUCAUGGUUAUGUGUUUUUGAGUUCGUACGAUCGUCACCAUAAUAUUCCCAUCACUUCCAUGCUCCAUAAGCACCACUCUGCUAUCAAUCACCACUCGUUCAGUUCAGUUUACGGUGGAGUGACUUAUUUGGACGCGGAUCGAAAGCUCAAAGGAUAUGCCAACCUAAUGCGCUCCACGGCCACGGAAAUAGGUUGCGCUAGGCAAGUGUGUCAUAAUCCCGGUCAACCUUCAGUACUCAACCUAUACUGCAUCACCAACCAACCUGAUUUAAAACAUGGAGACAAAGUGUAUGAGGCCGGAAGCGGCAGCUGCGAUUGUUCCAAUUUCCGUGAUCCGAUCGGUUUAUGCACAGUAUCAAGACCCAUUCCUCUAUGUGUUGAACCAAUAUUCCCUGAUAUCAGUGGUCAAGAAUCAGAUACCAUUUGUGGUCAUGGCGAUAUGACAGAUGCUCUUAGAAUACUUAUAUUGGAUAUGCACAACAUACGUCGAGCACAGCUGGCAGGAGGGCAGCUCAGAUAUCACGGGAGGAUGUUACCAACUGCAUCUAACAUGAAUCGUUUGAUAUGGUCUUGUGCAUUGGAGCAACAGGCGCGUGAUUAUAUAGCUACUUGUCCUAAACGUGCACAUAGAAAACCAUCGUGCUUGAAUCCAGCGGAGAAUUUCUAUCGCGGUACUAUCACUAGUGAUUUAUUUACCUUUGAAGAUAUGGUUAAAAAGGCAAUCAGAGAGUGGUGGGAUGUCUACCAGUAUCAUCCUAAUCCUGACUCGAGCGCAAUUUUCACCGACUCACUAGUCGGCACUCCCGUCGAAUCAUACACUAGAAUGGCCUGGGCUCAAACUAGAGAAAUUGGUUGCUCCAUUGCUAGAUGUGGAGAUGAAUAUGUACAAUCUUGUCGCUAUCAGCCAGAAGGAAAUAUUGUCAACAAUCCGAUGUACAAUAUUGGCACUGUAUGUUCUGAGUGUUACACUUUCGGAGCUGGAUCAUGUGGAUCAGGUGGGCUCUGCGGAUAAGAACAGCGAAUCAAAGUAUCUGCAUGGAGAUAUCUUGUGGUAUCCAGAUGAUCACUUGUUAUUUACUCCGAUUACGUUUAUUGAUAAAGAAGUUUCUAACUCUAA